CAUUUCCCCAGUAUAUAAUGAAGAUGGGUAAAGCUUCCGUUUUGUGCUUCUUCUUUGCCGUCAUCUGCCUUGCUUUUAUUUCUUCUAAUAUUGGAGUUACGGAGGGAUAUGGGCUGUGCAAUUGGGCCUGUGACCCAAAGGUGGGGGACUGCGCAACUCUGUGUAAAAAGCAAGGCUAUUACAGCGGGUUUUGCCACGAGCUUGACGGCGUCCUCACUUGCUGCUGCCUCGUUUCAGCCCUUUGAUUUUUGCCACACUAUUUUUCACAAUUAUGUUAAAUUUAAUUAGUAGGAACUAGUAAUUUUAUUUGUUUUUAUAUACUCCAAUGUACUCCCUUCCUUCUUUAUUAAUCUACAUUUUAUGGUGACUUUCAUAAUAUAUUAAUUAAAAAUAAACAUAAAAUAUAAAAUGUAUUUACAUUCACUUAUUUUUUCAAUACAUUGUGAAAGUUAAUUAUACGGAGUAAUAAAGAGUUAAUUAACAU